GCAGGAUAUAUCGAAUCUGUUUAAGCUGGUCAUUGCUGGGACAUUUUAUCAGGGGACAUUUUGAUUGGGUAGCGAAGGACAAACCCAAAAGGCUGAUUCCUGUUGACUUGGUGUAACCUUUCUCUAACGGGCUCCAGUGACUUGUCUAUUUCUUUCUUUAGCCCUAUGUCCAGUCAUCCAUGGAGAUUGGUCAUUUUGGAGAGCGCUUUCCAACACUACGAUGGAUACAGUGUGCGCGGCCGGUUGGUCAAGGGUUGCCACAACAUUUACCGCUUCAUAGAGCUGGUCCAGAGCGGAAAGGUAGUGGUGGGAGCCAUGACCUCAGACAGAAGACACUUGCCCAUGGGUGUAGUCCACGUCCUAUACAAAGUGACACAGAGGGACACCCGCACAAAGCUAGGAAACCUCAGACGACCAGUCCGACCGCCAAGCGACGCGUCAGAGGACUAUGAGCCCAAGACCCUCACGGAAGCCAACAUUUGGACCAGAGAUACUCUAUCAAUAGCUGUCAGGGAGGCUUUUCAGGAGGCGUUUAACAGGGACCCCAAGUUUCCCAGGCAAAAUGCCAGUGGCGCGGUGUCACCUGCCCCGACAGCCCCGGACGUACCUGUUCCCUCAGUCACUGCUGCAGACAUCAGACUGGCCUUCUCAAGAAUAAACCUGAGGAAAGCGACUGACCCAGAUGGAGUCCUCGGCCAUGCAGUCAGAUCCUGUGUGGACAAGUUGGCGGAAGUAUUCACUGACAAAUUUAAUCUCUCCUUGCUACAAUCUGAAGUCCCCACCUGCUUCAAGGAAACCACUAUCAUCCCAGUACCAAAGAAAAUGGGUGCACCAUGUCUCAAUGACUACAGUCUGGUGGUUCAGACCUCUGUAAUCAUGAAGUGA